AUGAGUGGUUUGGAAGUGGCUGGAGUAGUUCUGGGCUGCCUCCCGCUUAUCAUCCAAGGCAUUGAGAGCUACAAUGAAGGCCUCGACCCUAUCAAAAGCUUCAUGCGAUGGGAGCACGAGCUGCCAAAGUUCAUUCGGAAGCUCACCACCCAGCAUAUCCACUAUGACCAGACGAUUCGCGUCCUCUUCGCGCCCAUAACGACCGACGUCGAGUUUGCGGAAAUGAUGGCAAAUCCCGGCUCGGCAGAGCUGUGGAAGGACAAAGGGAUGGCUUUGAAGCUCCAGGAAAGGCUGCAAGAGUCGUACCAAGAGUACGAACGCACAAUUGCCGACAUUGAGAGGAUAACGAAGAAGAUCGCGAGCAAGCUGGAUCUCGAUCGCGCGAAAGAGCUAUCGCGCAACGAUCUUGAAGCCAUUCUCUCUGCGAACCCGAAGAAAGCAAGCGACAAGUUCGAAUUCGGAAAGCGCAUCAGAUUUGGAAUGAACAAGAAGGCCAUACGAGCCCUGUUGGAAGAAUUGGACGAUUGCAACAAAGAGCUCGAGCGCUUCACGGAAAAGAGCGAAAAGAUCGAGACAAUUCGCAAAUCUGUAAAGCCUGCUUUUGCAUCCCGCCUUCAACGUAUCCAAGGAUAUGCAAAGAACCUACAUGAUUCGCUCUUGUGGUCAUGCUCCUUGUCAUUUACUACAAAAGCCACCGACGAUGCGUCGUGGACAUGGCAAGCCGCCGAGGUCUUGGUCGAGGAGGAAGAAGAAGACUUGCCUGCAAGGCCGAUGUCCUCACCUAGAGCAAAGAUGAGUAAGAGCGUGAGCUUCAGUUCACCUCCACCAUACUCUGUCACGGACCCCGUAGCAACUACAGUUUCAUCGUCGUCUCCAUCACUGGAAGAGGUCAAGGACCUGUGUGCAUCAAUCAAUCAAAUGCACGCUUCGCGCCUUGGAUUCUCUCUCGACAACAAAAGGAAGCUUCGAGGAGCUUAUUUAAUCGAUGCAACGGAAACACGCGUUCCUUCGGCUGAAAUUCUGACCCUAGAGGACCUUCUUGAUCGCCCGCCUGUAGUCAAUGGCAGGCGCGCGAAAUUGACCAAAAAGGAGCGUUACAACCUAGCACUAACACUCGCAUCCAGCGUCUUGUACCUGAACUCGACACCCUGGCUAAUGGAUCAGUGGGCUGCAAAGGACAUUCUCUUCCAUCGAACGGAAAAUGCUAUACAUCCCAUCGAGAUUGAUCGCCCACACGUAGCGCCAUCGCUGGUCGAACAGAACAAAGGAAUGCCGAAUGGUCACAAAGCACGAGGAUUCCACAACAAGAACUCGGUCUUGCUCGCUCUUGCCAUCGCACUUCUUGAGUUGUAUUUUGGCACUUCAGCUGGAAAGUACCAAGAAGACGAGCUUGGUGCAGCUGAUCCCUUGCUACACUCAAAUCCGUGGUUGCUAUGCUCGAUGGCACAUACAUGGGCGGAAGAGUCGCAGGACGAUCUAUCAGCUGCUUUUUUGAGCGCUGUGCGACAUUGCCUAAGGUGCUUUGGAGACCCAGGCGCGAGCUUGCAGGACUCGGAGUUUCUGCAGGCAGCCGUCGAAAGCAUUGUAUUGCCUUUGCAAGAGGAAUUGCACCAGUUUCUAGGCACGACGGUAUCAUGA